ACUCAGCUGUUUUGACGUAACUCUCGUUCGGCACAUUACUAUUAAUAUUAAGCAAAUCAGAUUUUAAAUAAUUUUAAUUUAAAAAUGGUGCGCUUAAAUAUAGUCUAUCUGACGAAACGGGUACCACUCAUCCACUUCCGUAAGGGAGGUCAAGCAUUGGCUAACAAGCCAGCUGCAAGUCAACAGGCAAGUUCAAAGGAUUCCGGAGGCAAAAAGACUACUGGGGGACCUGCAAUUGAGGACUGGGAGCUGCCUUCGCGCUUCGCCCGCAAGCCAAUCGACCCACUGGAGGCAGAGUACAUUAACAAUGGCGGAAUACCCAAUUAAAAUGAUUCUCGACUGGCUGCUUAAAAUAAAAAAAAUUUUAAUAGUGAAUGCAUUGUGAACGCAUCACGUUGUAUUGAUUAUGUGAUUGACAGCUGUUUUAACAUUCAAGAGCAUUCACAAGCAAACCUAGCCAUCAUAUGUUUUGUAUAAAUUUCGGUAAAGUUAAUUAAAUUACGAGAAUUUCCUAAUGU